AUGGAUUUGUUCAAAUCAAUAUUUGCAUCUGAUGAAGAAUUGAGUUCAUCUUCGUUAUCAGAUAACGACGUUGAUGAUAAUAAUAUUAACAAUAAAGACCCUGAAAAAGAUGAUUUAAACGUAUCGAGAGUUAUCAAAUCGAAUUCCGUUGAACUGUCUAAUGAUCAGCCUGAUUUAUUCAAAGCACAUACAUUAUUUUCACACCUAUUUGAACCGAAUGGAGAUAUGCGUGGUCCAUUAUCCGGCUUAACACGAAUGACUACACGACCUGAAGUAUCGUCCAAAGUUCAUACCUCCUCACAGAAUAAUCUCAAUCCGGAUUUAUUGUAUGGACCGGAUUUACCGCCGAAUUUUACUCCUACAUCUGAUAAAGCUAAUCUAAUUUCUUUGACAAAAGAUCAAGAAAAAGCAUCAUGUUCUACCUUGUCAGAUGAUAUUUUAUUUGUGGAAUCUCAUCUUGUCAAUCGUGAUUCCGCUAAACAUAAAAAAACAAAGAACAGCAAAAGAAAACAUAAAACAAAACAUAAAAAACAACACAAGAGCAAGAAAGUUUCUCGUAAAGCACCAAUUUCUUCUUCGGAUUCAAACUCUUCUGAUACUUCUGAUUAG